GAAUUUGCUUCAUGUAGAUUUGUGUGAUGGAAACAUAUAUGAUUUAUGGCACGUACCGGGACUUUUCAACUUGUCGCAUAUAACCCAACUUGCACUCAGCCACAACAAACUGACAGCAUGUAUGACAGACACAUGCAGUCUAGCCUUGAGCCACCAGAAAUGAACAGCAACGAGUCUAAGAAGACCAGCUGCAAGACCCUGGCCACCUGAAACGAAAGGAGUGUGAGAUACAGAUGUGGGGCCUCAUAUAUGAAGAAUGUUUGUAAAUCCUUGAGGGAGAGGAAUCGUUCGUACGAAAACUUGCCCUUCAUAUGAAAAGUAAAAGUCUGAUUUAUAAUACUUUGCGUAAUCCGUGAUACGAAUUUGCACGCGAUCGCGCAUUAGAGGCUGUGUAGUUCCCACCCAGCAAUAACCCCACAUUUGCAACGCAAAUUAGCCACAUGUACAUAACCACUUAUAUUCUACAUCGCGGUGCUGUGUUUGCAAAAACAGAGAAAGCAACCAGAAGAAGGAAGUGAAGCUUUCCUGAAAGUGUAGUGCAUAGUUUAUAGUGUCCCAAGUAAAAAAAUGUCAAACCAUUUUAUCUGGUAGUACAUCUACCGGUAUGAAAAACCCCACUGGUAGCAUGUGACGGCCGAUAUUAAUGCGGUUCAUUUAAAAUGCCGGAUAAAGAAAUAUGUAUUAAAAAGGCCAGAUUUAUAAUCCGUUGAACUGGUAUAUUCCUGUUCUCUAUGUACCUGGUAAAAUGGGGGAAUACCUUCACAUUCGUAAGUGUUUGGGGCAGAUUGAACAUCCCCGUGAAUGUGAAAAUUUGUGAAUAUUACUUGGGCAUCCCUAACCUCAACUCAUAGGUCUGCCAGCCUGAAUGAUAACAUAAAAAAACGAUUUAUUGUCUUUUACACUUUGCAUGUGAAAUGCUACUAAGUAGUACUAACUAGAUUUUUUAAUAUAAUACCUAUGCAAACCAUAUAAAUUACGUACAAAGUUACUACUGUACGCAAUGGGAGACUAAACUUCGGAUCCAUUACUAAAAAUGCACAAUUGUGAAAAGUUUGAAAAAAUGAAUACUGUAGUUUAAAAAACAGAUAACACGUGAAUGGGACUAGUCGCUGAGAUGCAUGGUGUACCCAAGGCAAGACUUUUAAAAUUAAAGAUUUAGCAUGGACUUACAAAACAAAUAUCAGGCUAUGUAUUAUGAAUAUUUAAAUUAUAUGCUUUUAUAUGAUCCAAAUCAUUUCAAGUAUUUUUUUGGCUCACAUGUCCUCUUGAGUUUCUGAGAUCUUUCUGCAAGCUCCAGAAAUAUUCCUGUUUCAUUGUUCAUGGCCAAAGCACGACUAACUGGAGCCACAAAUGUUUAGGGGUUACUUUGACUUUUCAGUAUAUACACAUCUAACUUAGAUUCCAUACAAUAAAUAUAUUGGUAUAUAUAACAAUAAAACAAAUGCUGAAUAUUAGUUGUAUAUCAGAUAUAAUAAAAAACGUUUCUGUAGGUCUAUUCUGUAAGACGCAAUAUUUACAAAGCUCUGAAACUAAAUGCAACUUAUUAAUUGCAUAUUUCUGUCUGACCUUGAUGUCAUCCUGUUUCCUCCAAAACAUUUGUAUGACUGCUCUGAACCAUUCGUAAAUGUGCAGACUUUCAGGGUUUAUUUUGUUUGCCUUGUGCCUUCAUAAAUCUAAAAAUCUUAUAAAUGUGCGUACAAAUGUUUCACAGCUAUUUUGUUCGUACAAAGCCUUUAUAAAUGAGGCCCCUGAUGCCUGCAGUUUGUGCCUCUUUGCAGAGACAUUUUUAGUUAGCAUAGUGUAAAUAUCAGUAAGAAAAGCUGCUGCAUUCACAUUACUUGUGAGUUGUAAACGAUUUCAUUCACUAUUUAAACCUGUAACAAAACUAGCCAACAAUAUGAAAAUUUGAUAUCUAUACCAUUUUAGUUUUUUUCCAUAGAGGAAUUAUAACUGUUUCUAUGACUAUACAUGGUAUUAAAUGCAUGUGUGAAAGAGCAGUCAUGAGAAGAUUUUUGAAGUUUUAAAUGCUAAGACGUGCUGGUUAGGAACCAGAUAUGCAGAAGAUAUGGAUUAGGAGUUAUAUAUGGGAAGAUAUGAUAUUUCGUAGUCAAGAGAUAUGAAAAGCAGUAGGAGGAGUGUGAACGGGUGACUCACUGAGUAUACAGUGAUUAUCAGUCUACAACUGCAUAUGCUCUUAAAUAACCUUAGGAGGGUCAAAGCCUGCUGGUUUUGAUGCUUAAAAAGCCCAUGCCUUCAAAUUCUGCUUAUCCAUUUCCAAAAACACUAACUAGAGUCUUCUGUAUUCCAUCAGAAAAUCUCUACGUUUGCAAGGAAGGAUUGGCAAGAACUAAUUUUGGGGCGUAAGCAAAAUCAGGUCAAGAAAUUGCGAUAACACUCCUCUAUAACCAAUUAUCUAGACCUGGUAUUACCAUGCAACAGAGUAAGUACUUGGGCUACACAGAGUGGCAGUGAGUAGCAACUUUAUAUACUAAUGAGUUGUACCUAUAACUAUAACCAGUUCUUUUGGGGAAAGUGAAGCCACCAAAGUAAUGAUCAGCUUAAAUAGGGGUAAAAUGGCUUGUGCAUAGAUAUUAGGAAAAAAACUAGAUAUUCGCUUCAAUUCAGUUCAAUUCAAAAAACUUUAUUUGUCUCCGAGUGGCAAUUAAGACACACAGGGCAGUUGAACAAACACACAGUGACGUAAAGUGCAGCAUUGAUAACAGUGUUUAGAAGGUUCUGUGCAAAAUUGCAGUCAAUCUGGUAGAUGGGAACUGAAUAAAUAUGUAAAAAAGAGGGAUUGUUAGUCAAGUGCAGAAUGAAUGACGGGAUCCAGUGCAGGGAGACGCGGGGUGGGGGGGAGUCUGUGAGUUGAGUAGUUGAACCAGUGGCGCAGAUAGGAUCUUUGAAUUGGGGGGGACCAAGGAUAUUUUAUCCUUAUGCAAAGACGGCACAUGCUGUUUUUUUCUCCUGUAAGUGGGGGGGACGGAUCGAGGUCACUCUGAAUCUGAAGGGGACCCAUCCCAUCUGUCCCUGGUGCUAACUGCGCGCCUGAGUUGAACGGCCCUGGGAACAAAAGUUGCUCUUCUCCUCUGUGUCCUGCGGCCGGGUCAGCAGAGCCGUCGUCCUGAGGGGAACCGCUCAAACUCCGGGAACGGAGCAUGGGAGGGAUCCUGCAGAAUCCUACACGCCGUUCUCAGAGUUUGCUGCUCACUCAGGGAUGAAAGUGCUCUGACCGGGAGUCCGACGAUCUUUCACUCCGUUAUGCAGGCGAUGGAAAAACAGAGGACACUCUCAAUGAAGGAGUACUAGAAGGUUCUGAGUAUGACCUUGUUGACCCCAAAGCUGUUGAGCUUCCUAAGGAGAUAUUACUACUGCUGACAUCUCCUUAGUUGGAGGCAAACUUUAGGGCGCAGUCGAAAAAUAUUGUUUUAAGGCGAAAGAUAUUGCUUUAAUCAUGUCACCACCAAGACUACACAGCUGCAUAUUUACAAUUUUCUUCAAGGUGCGCCUGUUAUGAAACCAUUUCAAUACAUACAUGGAUUACAGACAUUACAUAUAUUACACACAUGGUGCAUGGAUAAAAUAUUUAGGGGCUAAAUAGUAAGAUAUCGAUAUAAAACUGUAAAGCUCAGUUCAGAUUUGCUGCCUGCACUGCGCCCCCUUUUCUGACCCCUCUCCCCUGAGCACUGACCACUGCACUUCAUUCCCAAUUGCUCACUGUAAUUACCUCGCCCAUAUAACCAGUCUGACCAGGUUUCUCAGUGUGAGGAAUCGACAUGUGCAAUUAUUGAGUAUCACGCUAUCUCCCCAAUCUUUCUCGAGUGGUUGAAUCACCUCCGGCGUGCUUCGGCGUGCUUCUUAUUUAUGACGCCCUGCCCGAUGGACACUUUUCUCGAUCCAUCUCGUGGUACAAAUGUGCAUCCCUGCUUUGCCAUGUCUGCACGUGCACCUGACUUUCCCCCAGAACCCCAAUCUGAGCGACCUGGCUCACUGACCCCAGCUCAUACCUCUGAAUUUGAUUGUCGUCACUCGUCUCUGGUCACUGUUUGCUCUGCGUCUGGAUCACUAACCCCCGAUGAUUCAGCGUUACAAAAAUAUUGUUGUUGAACUUGUGUAGCUUUCAAACUGACAAUAACGAAACAAUUGUAUACAUUUUAGAGGACUAGACCAUUUUUAGUUCUAUGGCUCUGUAUAUUGCUGUUUUUGUUACUUUACUGUUUUUAAACAAUACUAUUUUCCAUCCAUAAGCCUAAUUUUCUGUAACUGAUUGUCCAGUACAAGGUGACAUUGAGCUUGGCAAUUAAUCUAAGAAGUAAAAAUGACAAGGCAGGGUACAUCAGAAUAUUUUUGGUACGUAAACGAUUAAACGGGAUGACUCCAGAACUGAGUAGUUUGAAAUCAAAGAUUAGACUGAGAUAGUAGACUGCAACAGGUGAUAAAUUCUAUAAAAAUCCUCUUUCCUUGUUAUUCUUUUCUCCCACAUAUAGUAAAGGCAUUUUUCCCUGCAAUUAAGAAGGGCCAAAUGAGUCCUGAGAUGUUGUUUGUACUCUGUGAACCUCUAACCCAUCGUAUUCAUUAUAAACAUGUAAUCUCUUAAAGUGCUUUGUUUGUCUUAAAAUAUUAUUUUAGAAGCUGUGUGACAAUAUUUACUGAUUGGUGAUGAAGGACAUUGAACUUUUUAAAAUGACUAUUUAAAAUGACCCUGUUAGUCACAAUUACUUCAAGAUUUACAGCUGAGUCCAAAAGUUGAAUGUCACAAACUCUUUGGUCUGCAUCUUUCAAUGAUUUUUCUUCUCUAGGUUUUUCCAUCUCAAAGACACAAUAAGUCCCUAACUCACAGUCCCCAUUGAUUUUAUUGCGUGAUUUAUGCGAUGAUGGAUGGAUUGUCCCUGGUGGGUCAAGACUGCUCACCAACACCCUGCUACAGCCCCAAGAAUGAACGAGCGCUCAGUGACUACCGUUUUCAACAAGAUACUGGAAACUAAAGCUUUCACUGCUGAUAAUUCAGCUAAUUUAUAAAGCGAUCCCUUCACUACUUUGGCACAACGAUAUGAUUUAAUCCUGCCAUUAAUAAAAGAUCAUUCUCAUUUUCGCGAUAGUUAUUCUCACUUUCUUGAAGGUCAUUAGCAAGGUUAUUCACCCACGCUUCAUAUAUAAUACCUUAUGCCUACAAUUUCACAAAAGGCUUACAGCCUAUACCAGCUAGGGCAUAAGGGUGCAGCCUAUACCAGCUACGGCAUAAGGGUGCAGCCUAUACCAGCUAGGGCAUAAGGGUGCAGCCUAUACCAACUAGGGCAUAAGGGUGGCCACACCUCGUUGCAACUGCAGUCCAUCACAGGGUAGACAUGCUACAGGCAAUUCUGAGACAUCAGCUCACCUAAACAUUUUGUUGGCAUGCAGUCAUGCGUCGCUUAGCCUCAGGAAGACGUCCUGAGAAAUGCAUUGUUAGGCGCUUUCAUAAUUGUGUGAUCAUCACAGACUGUACCUAGAUGGUACAGACUACUAGACACCUAGGCUAUAUGGUAUAGCCUCAAUAAUGAUAAGAAGCACAAUAUAGUAAACACAGUUUAUUACCAAGUAUUAUAUACGCUGUACAUAAUUUUAUGUGUUAUACUUUUAUAUGACUGGCAGCACAGUAGGUUUGGGUUACACAAGUAUCAUCACAAACACAUGAGUAAUGCACUGAGCUACAAUGUUACAACAGCUACAACUCCAUUAUAAUCUUAUCCGGCUCCAUUAUAAUCUCAUGCGGCCCGUCUUUUACUGAAACGCACAUGACUGUACCUGCAGAACAGCUGCAGAAAUAUACGAGCUAAUGAUGUAGGAGAAGGAACAGUGGUCCAAAGCCUAGGUUCUACAAAAGGGAAGGACAGGGUCAUUGGAAGUUUCUAUAAUAUAGACAUGCAGGACAAACAAGAAAUGGUAAGUGUCACGGCGCGGCAUGGUUACAGGCAGGAAAAAUAUGAUGAUCCACUUUCGGCUCCAAGACAAAAUGUUUUAUUAAAGAAAAGGGAUAAAGGGGAAAACUACGAAAGAGCACAAGGGGACAAAAACAAGCUGGGAAAAAUAAGGAAUCAACUAGACACCAAACAAAGUAAGGAACAAGAAAGGACUGGGAAGCAGGUAGCAUAGGGAGCAGACCUAGAAACAAAACAUGUUCACAAAAGGAACUGUUGUAAAGAUUGGAAUGUGAAACACGGCAGUAAUUCCAAAUGGUUAUAUGAACUUUAUAAUUAAAUAAAAUAUAAAUAAAAACAAAAUUUUAUCUAAAAGAAAAUCCUUGCAUAUGCCCCAUAUUCAUUUAUGUUAUAAUUAAAACAAAGAAAACUCAAGGUUUUAUUUUCAUCUCAUUUUCGUCAAUUAACAAUCUUUGUUAACGAGCAAUUUUCAUCUUAAUUUCCAUCAGCAAAAUUAACACUGUUUAUAAGCUCCCAAUCCAAAAGUGUUGGAAAACCUUGAGUAUAGACAACAAAGUCUGGGUAGCACAGUGGUUAAUAAUUGAUACUUCAUUGACCCCCAUGGGGAAAUUGUCUUUUUAUGCCCCCCUCAACUUUCUGUUUGCGAAGAGCAGCCACCUGUUGGGGCACCCAGGGGAGCUGGGGGUUAAGGGCCUUGCUCAUGGACCUGCAGAUGUGCUGAGGCUGGGUUUGAACUAGUGACCUUGUGAUUACAGGCACACAGGCUUAGCCCACUCAGCCACAUGCUGCCCCGAAUGCUAUAAGUUAGCGCUGCUGUCUCACAACAAGAAGGUCCUGGGCUCGGUCCCGGGUCCUUUCUGUGUGGAGUUUGCACGCUCUCCUGGUGUUCGUGUGUGUUUUCGCCGGGUGGCUCUCGUUUCCUCCCACAGUAUUUAAAUUGGCCCUGUAGUUCUGUGAGUGUGUGCACCCUGCGAUGUGCUGCCGUCUGCCCAGGGUUGGUUCCCAUCUAUGUCCAUUGUUCCCAGGAUAGGCAGGCAACCCCAGUUGGGAUUAAGUGGUUUAAGAAAAUGGACGGACAACAAAGUAGGCCUACUUAGAAUUAAUAAGCUUGCAAAAAACAUACCCUUUACUGUACUUUAAAGAAAAUUGCACCCUUUUUGUUUCAUAUACAGUGGUCAUAGAAAGUUUCGGGAUGGAUGCUUAAUCCUGUAAUUAUGUUGCAAAUUUACUGGUUUCAAAACAAAAGUACCUUGACAAGCAAUGUUUAUCAUAUCUGCACAUAUUUUCCACACAGACAUUUUCCUUUUAUUAAGUGCCAUAAUUUUUUUGACUGACUCAUUCAGUUCUAUUCUUGCCAUUUUGCUAAUUAUUGCAAUUGUACACUCUCAGGGUAAAAAAAGGGGUAAAAAUUUGUACCUUUGCUUGUCACUGUGGCUGCACCCUCAAGUUACUAAUUUUUGCCCUUUUUUCUGAGAAAAAAGUAUCCAAAGGGAUACUAAAGACAAUGUUUUGGUGUUUUAUGUUAUUUCAAACAUUUACUGUAUAAUUAAAAAGCACCAGUGAGACUGUUUUCAAUGAACUUUUAAAAUCAGAACAGCAUUUUCAGAACUACAAUUUGGGUUUCAGUUUAUUACCACUGGAAAUGAACGAUUUACUUUAAAACUGGUUGUUUCUAAUGUGAUAUAUAUAUAUAUUCUGUAAACAAAUGAAUAGAGUAAUUAUUUUUGUUAUAAAAUCAAUACAUUUUUAUUAUUUUUACAGAAUUGAGCAAGCAUCCCAAAACUUUCUGCGACCACCGUACAAAACAACACAUAUUUUCAGAUGUAUACUUUUUUGUCAAGUCGCUUUCAUGUUACGCAUGCAGGCUAAUUAUUUCCACUAUUGUCUUUAAAAUUCAGAAUGUGUAGAAAAUCUGUAGUCACCCAUGACAGUCUGUCGGUUUGAUGUCCCAUCCAUAAUACAUAACAUGCGGAUUAAUAUAUCAAUUUUGAGAAUUUGUUUAUAUUCAGCCCAUGAGGUUACAUAAAGAUAUGCCAAUAUAUGAGUGUGAAUGUCACAUCCAUAAUGCUGGAAUUGCUGCAGUGAGUGCACAUUAUCAAUACGGUUUGGCGCAAAACCAUAAAAUAAAACUGAUAAUUAAUGUAAGAAACUGUGCCUGUAUCGAUGCUGUUCCUUGCUAAAUGGUUAUAAUGUGCCUGUAAUUUCACUGAGAAACAGACUAAAGGCGUAAUGUAUAGUUACUAUACAUAGAAGAAAGCACUGGUGAACUUUAAAAUUGUUGGCUACAAAUCACUUAUGUUUUUCAAUCUAUAAUUUUGAAUCUACAGUCUUUUUGGUGUGGUCUUGUAUUUUUUUGCGCUUUGCUAGCCAUUCUUUACCAUCAUUUGAAUAAAAUAUUACUUCCGUAAGUAAAAAGUCUGAAAACUGAAGCCGGCUUCCCAAUUUAUGUCCACAUCAUCCUCGAUCAGAGAUCGCUAGUGGAAAACCCUAUGGGGGAGAUGUUAGGAUCUACAGGCUUACAGGUUACCUGAAGAGUCAUUCCAUGUAUCCGAGUGAGCGCUGUUGUCUGAUAUACGUAAGAAUGAUGAUUUUUUUAAAACAAAUCCAGUGCUAAAAAUAUUACUUCAAAACUGGAUGCUAAAGCAUCAAUGCUUCAAAUACAAACGGGCGAGACAGACUACAUUCAUAUUGGGCUGACAGCUUAAAAAAAAAGAGAUAAAAAUGCAAUUUAAUUAAGUUGAUUUAAUUAGAAGAAAAAUAUAUCAUGGUAUGCAAACAGUAAUUCACGUACUGCGACGCCUUAAUUUGAUCAGACCUCUCCCAGUGCGCGCAAACUUUUGAUACUUGUGUGUCGUUACAGGACAGGUGUUAUAGUGAAAUAGUCCAGCAAGAUGUAAAAACAGCGACGGGUUUGAUGAAAAGCCCCUUAAUAUUUCAGUCUUAUAACACAGGUUUCUGACUCCCCCCUCGUCCCCCUCUCCCCGGCGCACUGUGUAACUCCUGCCAGCGCGGACACUCAAUUGAAUCCAGUUUCAGAUGCAAGAUGAGUCGUGCGCUUCUCUAACAAUCAAUCUUGAUUUUUUUUUUUCCCCAGCGAAGUCGAAGUUGUAUUGAGUCAAUGAAAAAGAGCUGGGCUUUAAGAAAUGCCCUCCCUGCUUCCCGAAAGGGAUUAGAUCUCAUCGCUUUGCCAGGCGCGGACAUAGAGAUUUUUGGACAGAUCAUCUUAAGAAUUUAAGAUAUUAGGAUAUUGAUAUAAAGUAGGGGGAAAUUGAGGCUUGGUCCAAAAAGUUAGUUACCGUGACGAUCCAAAACACGGUGUUUGUUUUUUUCUAUCCUCACGUUUCUACAACAACCAGCAAGAUUUCGCCAAAAAGCAGACAAGAGGAUCACCCUCCGCUGACAAGGCUGGUCGGCAGGAAGCGACUGAUCGCCGCUGGGGUUUUAGGGGUCGUCAUGGUUUUGGUGCUGGUGGUGCUGAUCCCAGUCUUGGUCAACUCUGCAGGAACUUCUGCGCGUUAUGAGAUGCUGGGUACCUGCCGGAUGGUGUGCGAUCCGUACGGAACGAAAUCCCCGACCACCGCCACAGCAGAUACAGUGCGGGAUAAUAGCCUCAUCCAGUCUUUACCUACGUUCAUUCAGGGUCCUAAAGGGGAACCGGGAAGGUCGGGGAAAGUUGGUCCCAGGGGUCCACCCGGUGAGCCGGGGAAGCCCGGUCCUCCAGGACCGCCUGGAGAGAAAGGACAACCCGGGCGCCCGGGAUUACCGGGGCCGCCGGGAAUCAAUGGUCCCACGGGGGCGAUCAGCGCAGCCACAUAUAACACUGUCCCCAAGAUCGCUUUUUACGCGGGUCUGAAGAAGCAGCACGAAGGUUACGAGGUGCUGAAAUUUGACGACGUUGUUACCAACCUGGGCAAUCAUUACGACCCCACCACAGGGAAGUUCACCUGCUCCAUUCCUGGGAUUUACUUCUUCGUUUAUCAUGUUUUGAUGCGCGGUGGAGACGGAACAAGCAUGUGGGCAGACCUGUGCAAGAACAGCCAGGUGCGGGCAAGUGCCAUUGCACAGGAUGCUGACCAGAAUUACGACUAUGCUAGCAACAGUGUGGUCCUUCACCUGGAGCCUGGAGAUGAGAUAUACAUCAAACUGGAUGGGGGCAAAGCACAUGGAGGGAACAACAACAAGUACAGCACUUUUUCGGGGUUUAUCAUCUAUGCUGAUUAGUGGGGUCCACCACUGUCUUUCCAGACCCCGUAGUCCCUGAUUUUCAGCUUUCUGUUUCCACCUUGUCUAUGGAGGUAGAAGGGUGGAAGGAAACCUGCAAAGAGGCUGACCUCAAGCCGAACACAUAAAGAUGGAGGUACAUCCAGCCUUGGAGGACAUCUGAACUUGCAAAAAGAAAAAGGAGACUAAGAAACAGAAGCGAGUCAAAUAAUUUAGAACUGACCUUCUACCACCAAAGCCGUUACCUGUGUUGUGUUUGUGUAAUAUUUGAGACCUAAUUGAGACCUAAUUGUGACACAUAAUGAGCGCAAUAAUCAGCUUGAAAAUGAAGACAACGGUGUACCUUCAUUUUCUUGUGCAAUUUAAGCACAGGAGACAUCUGUGUAAUAUUUGACAAAUCACAUGCAGCUUGAAGCUGCAGGGGAAAAAGAAGAUGAAGUUUGAUGUUGUAUUGAAAUCUUGAAAUGUUACAUUAGGGGUGUACAGAAAAGUGACAAUUGAAAUGAAAUAUUUAGUAUUUUAAUAACAUAUAUAUCCACCUCCUGACAAGAAAGUAUGAGGUUGAUUCUCCCAUGUGCGUAAGUCAAGAAACAGUGUAGCUUUUUUCACUUAAGUGUAUUCUCCUGAUGACUUACGUUUGGGGUUUACCCACGUUUAGGCCAGAUACGCACUUUUGGUGGAGAAACACUAAAAUAUGGGCGUGUCAUAUGUAAGUGACCCUUGCACCCAUUCUGCCAGCUUUUAAUUGCUUUUUUUCAGUAGGCACUCUGUGUGGCCCUAUUAAGUCACACUCCUCUCCAUGGAUAAACACAAUAUUGCAGAAAGAUGAACAUGCAACAAAACAAUCCAUAUAGUAUAUAACAAUACUAUACAGAAAUAUAUUAGUGUAUACAAAUAUAUUACCAUUAGACUCGAUUCAUGUGACUUGUCAACAGGCCAAAUCAAUUAGAAAAAAUGUUUCAUUCGAAAUGAGUAAAAAAAAUAUUGGUUCAACGGAAGUAGUGUGUCCUCGCAAUCUUUAUGCUGCAUUCCAUUUACCUUGGAGGCCAGCAGUCGUCUUUGCUGGAUAUGAUGUCACACCCAAGUUAUAGGGUGUUCCAUUUAAGUUCUGAAGUUAGAAUUUCCGAGUUCCUACGUGGAAAUUUCAACCGGAACACCUGUUGAAGUUGGAAUUCCGACUUGGAAAUUUGGAAGGACUUCUGCAACCCCCACCCCAAAAUUCAAGAUGGCUGCGCCCUUUAUCAACAGAAGUUAAAGCUGCAGUUAUAUACUGUUUAUUAGCACUUUAUAUUAGUGGCUCAUUAAAUCAGUCGUACACACAGUAUUGUCCAACUGCUAUCUGUGGACAUGUUCGCUAUGGCAUUUUGGUGCACAAAAUACCAGUUAAUGUGUUGUUAACAACUGACAUUGCUAACAAUGGCUAACCAUGGACCUGGCUAGACCUGGGGGCUCUUUCAGAAAUCAGGGUUUCUUGCUUAGACAGAUAAUCUGUUAGAAGUAGUCUGGGCUAAAUGUAAGUAAGUGAAGAAUGAGGAAGUUGUCUGUCUAGGUAAGAAAUCCUGCUUUAUGAAAUAGGUCUCUGGUAUUGCUAACUGACUUUCUGACUUGCGGUACUGGAACAUGAUUAACUUGGGUGUGACAUCAUUCCCAGCUCCGACUUCUGACCUUCGAGGUAAAUGGAAUGCAGCAUUAUUCCAACUUCAGAGGGCAUUCCAGUUGAAAUUUCUGACUGGGAACUAGUCUUCCGACUUCCGAGUUCAAAUGGAACACAGCAUAAGCCACUGUGCAUGUACUCAUGCUCCGGUGAGAGUGUGACAGACAGAGACGACCAGAAUAUUCAGCCCUUGUCUUCAUGUACGUCAGCUAACUGACACUGAAUGAAUCUCAUGUUUCUGGGUGGAUAAUUCUGAACCAAUGUGGGACGUGAUUUGCUCUUAUUUACACAAACAUGUAGUUCAUAUACACCCUACAGACACUAGGUCAAGGGUCCCCAAAGGAACUACUUGACCAGGACAUUUGCCUAACUGGUAACCAUUCUGCACUUAAUGGUGUAGCUGUGUGGGAUUUUAGUGCCAGUGAUGAGCAGUUGGUUUGGAAUAAUACCUUGCAUCCUACUCUGUAGCAUAUAAGCUUGUUUGGAUUGUGCAACCGAUUGCAUUAUUAAUUUAUCAGCAAUGUAUUCUAAACUUUCAGUCCAUCUAAGAAAUACUACUACCAUUCACACCACAACUAUUGCUUAGGCAUAUCUGCUUGUUUACAAAAUUGUUCUUAAUGAAGAGGGAAAAUAAAGCUGAAGCCCAAAAAGUAUAUAGAUUCGUUCUUAAACACAAUAUGGGUCAUUCAAACUCAUUACCGUAACAUGUCAAUUUUCUCAAAUUAUGAAAAUUAGUUUGAAGACAGAUUUGAGUUAUACAGUUUCAUUGUCUAAAAUGUUGAUUUUGCCUUUGGGGUGGUUAAUCAUUUGCAGAGCAGAAGAAAUGAAAAUUGAAGAAAUAAAGAAUGAUUGAUUAUUGUGAGUCACAUGCCAUAAAUUUGAAAGAUUUAAAAAUAUUUAUUCUAGUUUUAUGUCGCUUGAUCUUAAAACUUCAACAGUUGUGCCUGUUUGGGGAAAAUGGUCGAGGGAGCAAUACUACAAAUGACAUGAUUUUAAUAUAUCAAAUAAAUUAAGCUAAUGUCAAUUUCUUUGUGCGAAAUUUAAAAACUGUGUUUCAUUGACACACUUAAUUUUUGUUGAAGGAUUUUUGUGUUCAUGAGAAUGACCGAAUACUGACAUAGCAGGCUACCACCAUGCUGUCAUUUUCAGAAUAAAAGGGUUUCAGCAGAUUUCGAAUAGGUUCAUAACAUAAACAGUCUGAGUUCCACGUUCUGCUUGUCAAAAUCAUUGAGGGCAUAAACCAAUUUCUUGCUUUAUGAAUUAAUUAGACUUCUUACACAGCUGCGUCCUUCUUUUUUGGGUUACAUACAGUGGGCUUUACCGUACGGAUAAGGGGAAAAUCAUAUAACUUUUUAAGCACUUUAUUGACUUAAGCGCCUGAUGGGAGAAUAGACCCCUAUUGUGAAUAUGAUUAGGAAAGGCUAAGCCAGGCAGAUGAAGAAGCAAGCCAAUGACCAAUGCUUGUGUAAUUGUAGAUUUUUUUUCCCCCUUAAACUUUUCCAGCUGUAACAUGCUACACUAUUUAGAUUAAAUGUAUGCUUUGAUCAGAUGAAUGUUUUAUUUUGAUAUACAUGUUUUAUUUCAUGCAUAUAAAAAUUAAACACGCCUGAAUUGCUAAUUUGACAAGUGUUGAUUAAAACUUUUCUUCUCAUG